CCGGCUGCCAGCUCCACGCAGCGCCCAAUCGCAGGCUGCUUCAGUUAUCCGCCGCCGGAGAAGAAGUAUCCGCAGGUACCGGAGGAGAGGGCACACUGGAUCUGUGCGACAAGAAAAGCGUCCGCACGUCGACGCAUGGAAUAAACCGGGACAGGCGCGUUUUUCGACUCAAAGUGCGUGACGCGAGGACAUGAGACUGGUGUAGCGCGAGCGCUUUUCCCGUAUUUCUCUCCCGCCUUUUCUCCAAACAAACCUGUCGCUUCCUUUUCUUUUUGUUUUGCUUUGUUUUUUGGGGGGGGAAACUUCGAAGGACGUGAAGUUUUCGCGCUAACUUGCUUGGUAUUCGAGCCUCUCACUCGAAGCCCUCGUCGAGAUGGAGACUGACAAGUACUUGCCGGAGCUAAUGGCUGAGAAGGACACGCUUGACCCGUCUUUCCAGCACUCCCUGCGGCUACUGGAGCAAGAGAUUGAAAAAGUUCAGAAGGAUGAGGGCAAGGAAGAGGAGAAGUUCAUUGACGUGGUAAUCAACAAGAACAUGAAACUGGGCCAGAAAGUCUUAAUACCAGUGAAACAGUUUCCCAAAUUCAACUUUGUCGGAAAGCUGCUGGGUCCACGUGGGAACUCGUUAAAGAGACUACAAGAGGACACGCUCACAAAAAUGUCGAUUCUGGGAAAAGGCUCAAUGAGAGACAAAGAAAAGGAAGAAGAGCUCAGACAAAGUGGCGAGGCCAAAUAUCUACACUUGAAUGAAGAUCUUCACGUCCUGAUUGAGGUGUUCGCGCCACCAGCCGAGGCCUAUGCAAGGAUGGGUCACGCGCUGGAGGAGAUCAAGAAGUUUCUUAUCCCAGAUUACAACGAUGAGAUAAGACAGGCGCAGCUGCAGGAGCUCACAUACCUAAAUGGGGGAUCAGAAGAUGCCAAGGUACCAUCAGCGAGGGGCAAAUCAGCCACCCGUGCUCGUGGAACACCAGCUCCAGUCCCUCCCAGGAGUCGUGGUGGAGUUCCCCCAUUGCAUGCUGUGGUUCCCAGAGGAGCAGCUCCCAGAGGAGCGCCACCCAACCGUACACCAUUCUCCAGAGGGAGGGGUGCUCAAAGAGCCCGCGUCGCUCCCCCAACUGCUGGUUUUCGGCCAACCCCUGCCAUUGUCCAGGAGACAUAUGAUGAAUAUGAAUAUGAAGAUGGAUACAGUGCAACAUAUGUUGACCAAGGCUACGAAACAUUUGAAAACAACUACACGGAUCAAGGACAAAACUCAGACGACUACUACGAAUACGGAAACGGCAGUGAAUCAUACGAGGCAUAUGGUCAAGAGGACUGGGCAAACAAUUGUGGCAAGGCGCCGUCAGCACGGAAAACUAAAGCAGCGUACCGAGAUCAGCCAUACACCAGAUAUUGAACUGUUGACACUGUCCUCACUCCAGUCCUCGUGGCUGUGCUUUUUUAUGGAUGCUUCCUCAUUUUUAGACAAGAAACCUCAACUGGAACCGGAUGGCAUUUGAAGAGAUACAAUUUAAAUCCAGACUGGAUUCAAAGUUCUCCCGUCAGUGAAUACAUUCUUCCUUUACCCAGGAACCGGAGGACAGAAGGACUCAUCCACAUUAUUGAGCUUUUAUUUGAAUAUUUAUGGUUUUGGAAGAUGGUGAGAAAACAACAGUGCUGUUUGCUGGUUCUCUCUGGUCCUAGUCAAGAGGUCGUGAAAUUGUGAGUCCGUAGGCCAUGAAGCAUGAUGAAGCCUUUCCCCUCAUUUGUUGAUUUUUGCUCAUUAUUUGUGAACAUGACACAUUGAUGUCUAUGGAAGUUAACAAAAUACAACAAAAACAGUUGUCGGAGAAUGAAUAUCCUGCUUCACAAAGCUUUGUUCACGACACAAACGUUUGGCUUUGCUACAAUUUCCUGCAUUCCCCACCCCAUAGUUCCAGAGAAGUAAAUGUUACUAAUGUCCUACUUGGUUUUCAGGCUGUGAAAUAAGGCUGAACAAUGGUUUGUAUUUCUAGCUUCAAGGCUCCUUGCCACUCGUGAACCACUCCAAUAACUACUCAAGGUACAAAACCUAAUUAACAGUUCACUGUGACGGAGCUGUGCGAUGUGGCCAAAUAAGAUCAUGAAGGGUUAGAACGUGGCUCCAGUCUGGCAAAGUGAGGAGACUGUGUCUUGUCACAAUCAUCGCAUUGUUUCACUACUAAUGCUGAAUCAUGGUGUGUUCCUUCUCUGGCCUGGGAAGCAAAGACUGUCUGCUGAAGGCUCACAUGACCUUUCAUUUCAAAGCUUUAUUGAAACCCUGAGGGUGUCAAGGUUUACCUCAUUGUUUAAUAAUACAAUUACACGCAGUACCAAGUAAUUGCGCCCCAACAUGUGAACACUGGAAGAAUGAUCGCAGUUGUGGAGGGAGCAGAAAUAAUGAUUGGAGGUAAUAAAGAACUGGAUUCAGACCUUGAGUUAUCACUAGUCAUAUCGCCGUUGCGGCCAUUUAAAUGAGUUUCUUUGGCCUAAAUUGUCAUUAAAAACUAAUUUAUUAUUUAUAAAAAGAAGAAGCAUUAGAAGCAGUGAUCUGAUAUUUUGACCUUAUCACCCAACCCGCAGUAAUGUGACAAACUGGAAUGAUGUGAGAAACAGGACAGAGUAGGCCACUGAUUCAACUAUACUCGCCCUACAGUUGUUGGACGGUCCAUUGCAGUGACUGCUAAAAGAUGAAAACUGCAACAAAGCAAACCACACGAUCAGCAUUUCGUCCAGUCUGCAAAAAUCAUAACAGUAAGUAGACAAUAAAAGUGUAAUAAUGUGGAUGAAGCAUUUGUGUCGGGAGCCAACAAGUCAUCUAGAUUGUUGAUCGCUGCUCGCCCACGGCAAGUGGUGUUACCAAAUUAAGACUCUUUCAACCGUUGAUCUCGAAACUGUUGUAGCUUAGACUUAGAAAAGUUGCGUAGAAGGGUUAUGGUGGAGGUGUGUCCUUUGUACAAUAUACAUUUUCAACCAGGAAGAAAACUAGACUGUCUACCUAAUGUAUUGCUGUCUUCUCCCUUUUUUGUAACAUAUUUAAAGGGCUUAUAAAAGCACGCCUUUCAUUUUGUCCAUGAUCUAUUGAUUAUAUAUUUUAAGCAGUAGUUAUUUCUUAUUCAUGUGAUUUUUCGGUUAUUUUUAUGACAUAUAUAAAUAUACAUACAUAUACAGUGAGCUUAUGUAAGCCCUUUAAUAGUUCCUCUUGUUGAUGCUAAAUAAACGUUUGAAAAGAA